UCACGUGACGCGCUAUUGACACUUCCGGGUGGGACCCGAGGAAGGCGGCGGGCCGGGGCCGGCCUGCACCACCAUGGCGUACCACGGUCUCACGGUGCCUCUCAUCGUGAUGAGCGUGUUCUGGGGCUUCGUGGGCCUCCUGGUGCCUUGGUUUAUCCCCAAGGGUCCCAACCGGGGAGUUAUCAUCACGAUGUUGGUGACCUGUUCAGUUUGCUGCUAUCUCUUGUCACAAAGAGAAUUCCUUCUAGAUGAAAAAAAAAAAAUCACCUCCAAGCCCAACAUGCCAUCUUGUCUUUCGUUGACCUGCCUGUUUUGGAUACCAGUUGCCUUAAAAGUUCCCACCACACUUGAAGAUCUUGUUCUACAGCAGUGUUCUCCUCCGCCUUACCUGCUCUCUGCUGAGCGAUGUGCCUUCUCAACCGCCUCUACCUAGCCUGUGCAGCUCUCCUGCUCUCCAGAAAGAGCAGCCACCUUGAAGCCUGGCCUCUGGGCCUCUGGAUGGGACAAGGAGGGGGUCCCCCCACACCCCCUGCAAGCCCCGGGCACAGAGCACACAGCCUUCCAGAUGUCUUACACCAAGCUCUAUUUUUUCAGGAUGAAUUUCCUCUGCCGUCUUUUGGAAUAAAUCACUUUUCUUGUUUCCUA